CUUCUCUGAAUCUUAUUUCACUAUGAAGCAGCUGCCAGCAGAGACUAUUCGUCUCCUUUCAAGUUCUCAGGUGAUCACAUCAGUCGUCAGCGUGGUGAAGGAGCUGCUGGAGAAUUCCUUGGAUGCCAGUGCCACAAAUAUUGAUAUUAAACUUGAGAAUUACGGGUUUAACAAAAUAGAAAUAAGAGACAAUGGCAGUGGAAUCAAGGCUGAUGACGUUCCAGUUAUGGCAGUUAGGUACUACACCUCAAAAAUAAGCUCUUCUGAGGACCUUGAAAGGUUGACAACAUACGGUUUCCGUGGGGAAGCUUUAGGAUCAAUUUGCUGCGUAUCAGAGGUUUUGGUCACGACAAAGACGGCCACUGAUAAUUUCAGCACUCAGUAUGCUUUGGAUAGCAAUGGGCACAUAACUUCCAAAAAGCCUUCCCAUCUUGGGCAAGGUACUACAGUAACAGUCCUGAAGUUGUUUAAGAAUCUUCCUGUGAGAAAGCAGUUUUACUCAACAAAUAGAAAAUGUAAGGAAGAACUGAAAAAAGUCCAAGAUCUACUGACAGCAUACGGUAUCAUAAAACCAGACCUGAGGAUAACCUUAACACAUAAUAAGGCAGUUAUUUGGCAGAAGACCAGGGUGUCGGAUCACAAAAUGGCCUGUAUGUCAGUUCUGGGAACAGCCGUUAUGGGCAGUAUGGUACCUUUUCAACACCACUCUGAGGAUCCUGAGAUAAACCUCUCAGGAUUUCUCCCAAAAGCUGAGUCAGACAGUUCUUUGACAAGCCUUUCGAGUUCAGAAAGGAGUUUUGUCUUUAUAAAUAAUCGUCCAGUUCAUCCGAAGGAAAUACUGAAGUUAAUUCGACAGUACUACAGCCUGGUGACACACAAGGACUGUGCUCGUUUCUAUCCUGUUUGCUUUCUGAAUAUUACUGUACCUGCCUCGGCCGUGGAUGUGAAUUUAACACCUGAUAAAACUCAAGUUUUGCUGCAUGAUAAGGAAUCUGUCUUACUUGCUGUUGAAAAUGUGCUGAAAUCACUGUAUGGGCCACUACCUGCUACAGUCCCUGGUGAAAGUAAUAAAACAGAUGUUACCUCAGAAGACAAGUUUGUUCAUAGAACAGAACAAACAGAUGUGGCUGUUAAUGAAAUGGGACCAUCUGGAAACGAUGAUCUCCAUGCUCAUGCUUCAUUCCUUUCAUUCAGCAGUGAUGUGCAAAACUGUCAAGCAGGAAAAAAAACAGAGAUCUGCUUAAAUCAUCAGACAUUUUGCGGUGAUAAUGUAUGUAGUCGCCUGAACAAAAACGAGUUCUCUGAGAGUGAUGCCUUUCCAGUCAGUUCCUUAGAUUUAUUGUGUGAGGAGCAACAGAUUGGACAGAAUAUGACCGAUACUGAAAGUGAUGGUGUUCUCGUGGACCCCAAGUCUAGGAGACCUGAUGAACAUCUUUUGAGUUCUGAUAAUGUAGACGAAAUAGAAACGAAUGAGGAAGCCUUAGUCCCUAAAGACUUGCCUGAAAUCUCUGCUGAUAAUUGGAGUAUGGGAAAUGGACUUAAAAACCACCUAGGAGACAACCUGGAACCCGUCAAGAUUUUGCUUCCAGAAGCUGGAGGAACAGUUAGUAAGCAAAAUGAACAGAGCGAUGAUCCACACAUCUCACAUCAAAGCUCAACGAAAAGAAAUGUGAUAAGCGAUAAAUUUGGACACGUGAAGGCUUAUGACUUAAUUAGUAGUAGAAUAAUAAAGAAACCAAAGUCUGCGAUGGGAUUUUUCACUCAAGAGUGUCGUCCAAAAUUGAUAGCUGAUAACCCAAAGACUAACAUGGAGGACAUUCUGCUGGAGAUUGAAGAGCAGUGGAAGAAUUUGAACAAAGAGGAAAAAAAGAAUUAUGAAAUAAAAGCUGCGAAAGACCUGGAGCGGUACAACAGAGAGGUCAAGAAAGCGAUGGGACAGAUGGUGCGCCGACCAGCAAAGGAGGCAGAAAAACAGAAACCCAAGCUGAAGACUUCCCCAUCUGACCAGCAGAAGCUUGACAAGAUAUUCCAUGCUCAAACUGAAAAGAAGCGGAAACCUGAACAGCCAACAAAAAUUGUGACGGUGCCUUUUUCUCUGAGUUCCUGUAGGCAUCAGCUUCAGAGGCACAAGAAGAAUUGUUCCAAUGAACACGAGCUUUUCCUGAUCCGUCGUCAGAGUUUUCCUGAUGUCUGGGUAUUUGCUACUGAAAACAAGCUCAUGUUGCUGAAUCCAUAUAGAUUGGAAGAAGCCCUGCUAUGCAGAAGAUUACUCGUGAAUCAUAAGCUUCCAGUAGAGAAACUGGACAAGCCCGUUGUGUUAACAGACAGCCUUGUCGGUGGAUCUCAGUAUAUGGCUGCUCUUUGUAAAAUGCAGAAGGAUCACCAGAGUUUCAAUGGAUCAAGUUAUUUGUCAGAUCCAAGGCUUGUAGCAAACGGAUUCCAGAUAAAACUGAUAGAAGGUUCUUCAGCUACAGAAAGUCAUUUGGAAAUAGAAGGAAUGGCAAACUGUCUGCCAUAUUACGGCGUUUCUGAUUUGAAAGAAAUUCUGAAUGCAAUAGUUAACAGAAAUGCAAAGGAAGUUUAUGAAUGUAGGCCUCUCAAAGUGAUAAAUUACUUGGAGGGAGAAGCGGUACGUUUAGCUCGGCAGCUGCCCUUACAUUUAUCAAAAGAAGAUGUGCAAAACACAAUUUACAGGAUGAAGCAACAGCUUGGAAAGGAAAAUAAAGGCUGUGUUCAUGGUCGUCCUUUUUUUCAUCACUUAACAGAUAUUCCAGAAGUUGACAAGCACAACUCCUCGGAAAUUAUUCAGUAAAUGGAAUGUUUUGUUUGGGAUCAUAUUUCUCUUGCUUGAUUUUGAUCAUUACUCUGUAAUUUCAGUAUGUUUUGUGCAAAGCUUUUGUAUAAUGACUUUUCAUUGUCAUAUGCUUACCUCCUAGAGACUAUUUAAGUUCACAUGCUACUUGAAAACUGGAAAUAAAUACUGUAGAGAAACAACUCACUGCUAUUUUUAAAAGAAUUUAUUAAAGAAAUCUUCUCAA